GACGUUUGGGCCUCUGCGGCUUCGCUCUCAUGAUACGAAGAGCAACCGCACAUCCCUGCCCGCACUCACCAACCUAUGAAGCCCUCCUCCGUGCGGGACGCCGCGUUCGCCCUCUUCAACAGGUCCAUGCCCGCAUCGUCGUCGCCGGCCACCACCGCACACGCUCCUUCCUAACCAAGCUUCUUACUCUCAUCCUCUGCUCCUCCUCCUCCGCCAGCUGUUCCACCGCCGCCUAUGCCCGCACCCUCUUCCUCUCCAUCCCCGAGCCGGACACCUUUCUCUUUAACUCCCUCAUCACCGCAGCCGCCAAAUACGGCCGCCCAGCCGACGCCAUCGUUCACUACCGCCGCAUGUCCGCCGCCUGCUUGGAGCCCUCCAAUUACACCUUCACCUCCGUCGUCAAAGCCUGCGCCGAUCUCUCCGCAUCGCAAACCGGCCGAGUUGUCCAUUCGCGAGUCAUCUCUAAUGGGUUUGAUUCCGAUGUAUUCGUUCAGACCGCAUUGGUGGUGUUCUAUGGAAAAACGGGCGAUUUGCACCACGCGAGGAAGCUGUUCGACAGAAUUCCCAAUCGGACGGUCGUUGCUUGGAAUGCAAUGAUUGCUGGGUAUGAGCAGAAUGGUCUUGCUGAGGAAGCUGUUGCGAUAUUCCAAUUGAUGCAGGUGGCCGGCAAGGAACCGGAUUCAGCCACUCUGGUCAGCUUGUUGUCAGCAUGCUCCCAGUUGGGUGCCUUGAGUUUGGGUCAGUGGGUGAAUGACUAUUUAGUCAACAAAGGUCUAGAGCUCAAUGUGGUUCUUGGCACUGCACUGAUAAACAUGUAUGCUCGAUGUGGUCAUUUAGAAAAGGCUCGCAAGAUCUUCAAUGGCCUCCAGGAGCGAAAUGUGGUUGCUUGGACUGCAAUGAUAUCAGGAUAUGGGAUGCAUGGUCACGGGCAUCAAGCAAUUAAGCUCUUCCAACAAAUGAAGUCAAGUGGACUGUCACCUAAUGAUGUCACGUUUGUUGCGGUUCUAUCCGCAUGUGCACAUGCGGGACUUGUUAGCGAGGGCCAGGAGAUCUUUGCAUCAAUGAGGCAAGACUAUGGGCUGGUUCCUCGUGUCGAGCAUCAAGUUUGUGUGGUAGACAUGCUUGGGAGAGCUGGACUUUUGGAUGAAGCAAUGCUGUUCAUAAGGGAAGAGACGAGGGGGCUGCCAGGGCCGGAAGUAUUGACAGCGAUGCUUGGGGCCUGCAAAAUGCACAAGAAUUUCAGUCUUGGUGUGGAGGUGGCAGAACACCUUCUUGCCAUUGAACCUGGGAAUCCUGCUCACUAUGUGCUGCUCUCCAACAUUUUUGCAUUGGCUGGCAGGAUGGAUCGAGUGGAGAAGAUUAGAAACGUAAUGAUCCACAGGCAUUUGAAAAAGCAAAUUGGGUAUAGCUUGAUAGAGAUCAAUCAAGCAGCCCAUGUAUUCCGCAUGGGGGAUACAUCUCACCAACAGACUAUGGAAAUUUACAAAUACUUGGAAGAAUUGAUCAACAAGAUUAAGGAAGCAGGUUAUGUGCCUGAAACCAGUGCAGCAUUGCAUGAAUUGGAAGAAGAGGAAAGGGAAUUUGCACUUAGAUUCCACAGUGAGAAACUCGCAGUGGCAUUUGGGCUCAUGAAUACUUCCAAGAACUCACUCAUUAGGAUUGUUAAGAACCUACGGAUGUGUAACGAUUGCCAUUUGGCUUUCAAUUUCAUAUCACUUGUUUCAGGAAGAGAGAUAAUUGUUAGAGAUAAGCAUCGAUUCCACCAUUUUAAACAGGGCUUAUGUUCUUGUCAAAAUUAUUGGUAGUGAAACACCUUAUUGUUUGUUA